AUGGAUCUAUCAAAAAUGCCAAACGAAAAAAAAUUAUAUCUUUGCAAAUGGUAUUUUAGAGCUGGAUUUAUUCUUCUACCAUUUGUUUGGGCUGUGAAUGCUAUUUGGUUUGCAAAAGAAGCAUUCGUUACACCACAGUAUGAAGAACAAAAACAAAUUAAAAGAUAUGUGAUAUUUUCUGCAGUUGGAGCAGCUAUAUGGUCAGCUGCUCUUAUAGCAUGGGUUGUUACAUUUCAAACACAAAGAACAUCAUGGGGUGAAUUUGCAGAUUCUAUCAGUUUUUAA